AUAGACAGUGUUGAUAUGUCAGCACUGUUGAAUGAUAUUAAAAGUGUUGUACAAGUCAAACCACAAUCACCAUUGAAACCAUCAGAAAUAUUUAAAAUAUUGAAAAGGUUAUAUGAAUCACCAUCAGUUACUGAACUAUUACUGCCAGAAAAGAUCAGAAUACCAGAAUUAUGCUUAGUUGCUGAUGGUAUGAAACAAAAAGGAAAUGGAUUGAUAAGAGCAAAAAAUAAUAAGUGGAAUACAUUUGCAAGUACAAAUGAUUUAAAAAAUCUUGAUAAGCAUAUUGAAGGUGAAAAUGAAGAUGAUCUUUUAAAAAGAGAAUUCAUGUAUUGGUUGAAGGAACACAAUGGGCCAAAAAUUAUAACACUAAACUCAAUUUUGACAUCUGCAAUGGAGCAAGCCAGAAAAUAUGCUAAUAUAAUUGCACAUGGUUCAGCACAAAGAGGUGAUUCAGGUGUUAAUGAUAUCUGA